GACUGAUCGUACCAGUAGGUAAUAUCCGUUUCGCGCCAAAUUUCUGUUUUCCGAUCGAAGCGUUCGUAUCUGCGCUUUGUGUGAAAUUCGGUUUCUAACAAAAGUCCCGUCUUCGACGUCGGUGUUCUCAAGAUUUUAUAAGAUAUCAUUCCAGUAAUUUAAUAAAGAAAUCAAAUUCAUACUCAAAAUGCCUAGUAAGAUGUACGUGUGCAAGCGCGAUGGGCGCAGAGAGGAUAUUCAUUUCGACAAGAUAACUUCAAGAAUUCAGAAGCUAUGUUAUGGUUUAAACAUGGAUUUUGUCGAUCCGCCCGCAAUCACUUUUCGUGUAAUCAACGGUCUUUACAGCGGAGUGACAACGGUUGAGUUGGAUAAUUUAGCUGCAGAAACUGCCGCCACAAUGACAACGAAACAUGCCGAUUAUGCUAUUCUAGCUGCAAGGAUAGCUGUAUCUAAUCUCCACAAGGAGACAAAAAAAUUGUUUAGCGAGGUAAUGUCAGACUUACAUCACAUGAUCAAUCCACAUACCAAUUUGCAUACACCAAUGGUUAGCAAGCAUUACUUCGAUAUCAUUCAGAAAAAUGCCGACAGAUUGAACUCUGCCAUUAUUUAUGAUCGAGACUUCAACUAUAACUAUUUUGGAUUCAAAACCCUGGAGCGAAGUUACUUGCUGAAAAUUAAUGGCAAAGUGGUUGAAAGACCGCAGCAUUUAUUAAUGCGCGUCGCAGUUGGUAUUCAUGGCGAUGAUAUCGACAAAGCUAUUGAGACUUACAAUCUAUUGUCAGAAAAAUAUUUUACUCACGCUUCCCCCACCCUCUACUCAGCGGCGACUCCGCGCCCACAAAUGUCAAGCUGUUUUCUAUUAACUAUGAAGGAGGACAGUAUCGAAGGAAUUUACGAUACGCUGAAACAGUGUGCACUUAUAAGUAAGUCUGCUGGAGGGGUCGGCUUGAAUGUGCAUUGCAUCAGAGCCAAAGGUACUUACAUAGCUGGAACUAACGGAGAUUCUAGUGGCCUGGUGCCCAUGCUACGUGUAUACAAUAAUACAGCAAGAUACGUUGACCAGGGUGGCAAUAAACGGCCCGGUGCUUUUGCCAUAUAUUUAGAACCCUGGCAUGCAGAUGUUUUCGAGUUCUUGGACCUUAAAAAAAAUACCGGCAAGGAAGAAGUACGGGCUAGAGAAAUGUUCUAUGCACUAUGGAUUCCUGAUUUGUUCAUGCAACGUGUUUUGGAAAAAGGAACAUGGAGUCUCAUGUGUCCUCACGAAUGUCCAGGCUUAGCAGAUUCGUGGGGUGAUGCAUUUGAGGCUUUGUAUACAAAAUAUGAGAAAGCAGGGCGUUUCAAGAGGCAAGUGGCUGCCCGAGAUCUCUGGUUAGCCAUUAUAAACUCACAGGUUGAGACCGGAACACCUUACAUGCUGUAUAAAGAUCACUGUAAUCGCAAAUCCAAUCAGCAGAAUGUUGGAACUAUUAAAUGCAGCAACCUUUGUACCGAAAUUGUAGAAUAUUCCAGCCCCGAUGAAAUCGCGGUUUGCAAUCUUGCAUCGAUUGCUGUCAACAUGUUUGUGAACCCAGAUAAGACCUACAAUUUCAAAAAACUAAAAGAAGUGACCAAAAUUGUUGCAUAUAACUUGAACAAAAUCAUCGAUAUCAACUACUAUCCAAUUCCAGAAGCCGAAAGAUCCAAUAUGAGACAUAGACCUAUCGGGAUAGGCAUUCAGGGGUUAGCGGAUGCCUUCCUUUUAAUGCGGUAUCCAUUUGAAAGUGAAGAAGCCCAAAAGCUCAACAUUGCCAUUUUUGAAACACUUUACUAUGGAGCGUUAGAAGCUAGUUGUGAAAUAGCUGAAAAAGAUGGACCUUAUCCAACUUAUGAGGGUUCUCCAGUAAGCAAAGGGAUUCUACAAUAUGAUAUGUGGAACGUUACGCCGACAGAUCUUUGGGACUGGGCAGCACUAAAGGCUAAAAUAGCUAAACAUGGAAUCCGAAACUCUUUACUUAUUGCACCAAUGCCAACUGCCUCUACAGCGCAAAUUCUGGGUAACAAUGAAUCGAUCGAGGCUUACACCAGCAAUGUCUAUACAAGGCGUGUCCUCUCCGGCGAAUUCCAGAUCAUGAACCCACAUUUGCUAACAGAUCUCACAGCAAGAGAUCUCUGGGAUGAAGAAAUGAAAAAUGAAAUUAUUGCAAACAACGGAUCUGUACAGGACAUAGAUCGUAUUCCUGCAGACUUGAAAGCUCUCUAUAAAACAGUAUGGGAAAUCUCUCAGAAAACCGUUUUGAAAAUGGCUGUUGAUCGAGCAGCAUUUAUCGACCAAUCUCAAUCACUCAACAUUCACAUGGCGAAACCCACGACGGAGAAGCUUACAUCAAUGCAUUUCUAUGCCUGGCAAAAUGGUUUGAAGACUGGGAUGUAUUACCUUCGAACAAAACCUGCUGCAAAUGCUUUGCAAUUUACAGUAGAUAAAUCAAAACUCAGGGAGACACUUGCCACAACUAAUGGUGUUCAUACGCCAAUCAAAGUAGUAGAUUCAUCGGAGUAUACUUCCCCGCAACGACGUGAGCGAUUACAAAAACAGCGGUUGAAAGAACUAGAAGAAGAACGUGAAAGAAAACUGGAUGCAGCACUUGUAUGUUCACGAGAGAAUGGUGAUGCAUGUACCUCAUGCGGUUCUUAAAUGGCUUGUCAUUAUGCCACCAAUUUUUAUUGUAUUAAAGUUGGAUACAACGUAUUAUCGCGUCUGUUUCGAUCUCAAAAUCGGUAUGGUGGCGCCGAUCUUAACGCGAAUUUUAAAUUUUAUUCCCUGCAAUAUAAUUGUUCCUUUUUCCUCUUAUUUUAACUAUUUAGGAAACGCGAGUACCUUCGAUAGAAGCCUGGUUUAACAGCCAGGGUGAUAAGAAUUCAAUUGUUCUAAUUACAAGACUUUUGAUCCAUGAAACUGAUAUGUAUUUCUUACUAUAUAUUUGUGCCUUUUUUGCAUUGGAUUGUAUUAACGUACUAAUAACUUCAAAAUGUAACAAUCCGUUCCCUCGAUUGAGAAGUUUCGAAUAUUCUAACCAAAUGCAGUAAAUCCAUGAAAUUUACUAUUGAUACACAAAUAUAAACUGUUUGACUUUUAUAAAAUAAUUUUAGUUGCAUAAAAAAACGAAUAGCAUGUAUUUUGUACAAUUAAGAUAUUAUAUUUUAUGGUGAAUUUUUCCGUUACCCCCAAUAACACUCAUUUUUUUCUCAUAUUAUUUAAGGAUGUAAACACCUGUUUUGUUAAGCUUAUUUGUGUGAGUCUAACAUAAACUUCCAGCUUGUAAUACGACAGUACGGUAGUUUAAUUUAGAUCUUAAGUUGGUAAAUUUAUUUUUAGAUCUCAUUUAACUUCUUAGAAAGAACAAAUACCGUCUUUCGAUUUUUCCAUUUAAGAACCAUAUGAAAAUUUUAUCUGAAAUUUUUAGUAAAAUGAUUUCGUCAUUGUGAAAGUUUAGUUUAAUCAAUCGUGCCUUAAUUCUACAGAUAAACAUGAAAGCAUUGAAUACUUCAAAAAUUAUAAUAUCGUGUUCUUCUUGAAUA